AUGCGUGGUCUCAACCUCGUCCCCGCCCUCGCCCUCACUGGCCCCGGGCUGGCUGGCCCGACUCGUCGUGGAUUCGGAGCCCUUGUUCAGCGCCAGGCUGGCAACGAUACGGCGACACCGCCGCCUCCUCCUGCCGCCGCGUCUGGUGCUCCUGACGCCCCGCCUCCACCUCCUGCGAUCGCUUCUUGCCCUCCUCCCCCUCCCCCAGAAGCAGCUGGAGCCGCAGCCGCUCCUCCACCACCUGGCCCUCCUCCACCACCGCCAGGCGCCUCCGGAGCUCCUCCACCACCACCUGAUGCCCCAGGAGCGCCGCCACCACCUCCCGCCGCCGCCUCUGGCGCACCACCGCCACCACCUCCUGCCGCCGCCUCAGGUGCACCACCACCGCCCCCAGCGCCACCAGCAGCAGGUGCCCCGCCACCGCCCCCGGCUGGAGGCCCUCCUCCUCCGCCUCCCGCCGCCGCCGGAGCGAACUGCACAGCGGCAGCGCCUCCACCACCUGAUGCUGCCGGCGCCGCUCCUCCUCCGCCCCCUGGCGCCUCUGGCGCGCCACCACCACCGCCGGCUGCUGCGGGCGCGGCUCCUCCUCCCCCACCAGGCGCUGCCGGUGCUGCUCCUCCACCACCCCCAGGCGCCUCUGGUGCACCACCGCCGCCGCCGGCUGCUGCAGGCGCCGCGCCCCCACCGCCACCAGGUGCUGCUGGUGCCGCUCCCACACCGCCCCCAGGCGCCUCAGGCGCAGCAGCACCCCCACCACCACCGGCAGGUGGCCCCGGUGCCGCGGGUGCCCCACCACCGCCGCCAGCAGCCGCAGGUGCAGCCGCAGUCGGCAAGGGAAAGCGUCGUCGAUCGCUACCGAGAAUGGCCAACGGCGGACGGCGGGCCGUCAAAGUCGAGUGGUAA